AUACAGUGUGGAAUCAAGCUGUAAAUAAAAAAUAAAUAAAUGACAAGAUGCUCUUAGCCAGACGCCAGAAUGACGCCCCCUGUCUCUCAUGACAGAUGCUUCAGAUGUCGCCAUUGGGGCAGUGUUACAACAGCCGGUACAUGGCUAAUGGCAACCCCUUGCAUUCUUUUCGAAACGACUGAAUCCUACUCAAUGUCGAUAUAGCACCUUUGGUAGAGAGUUAUUAGCUGUUUAUUUAGCAAUCAAGCACUUUCACAUAUGCUGGAAGGUACAUCUUUUACUGUCUUUACAGACCACAAAGCUCUAACGAAAGCCUUAUCAGCAAAACAGGAUAAUUACUCUACGCGCGAACUACGACAUCUCGAGUUUAUAUCCCAGUUCACCUUCGAUCUCCGACACAUAAAGGGUAAAAACAAUGAAGUGGCAGACGCUUUAUCACGUAUGCACAUUGAUAACAUUGUAUGCCCAGACAUCGACUACGAACAUCUCUCAAACUUACAACGAGAUGACACCGAACUCAAAAAGAUCAUGUCUUCUAAAACAACAUCUCUAAACCUCGAGGCAAUUCCUUUCGGCACGGCAAAAGUUAUCUGCGACACCUCUACGGGUGAAUAUCGACCUUUCGUUCCAAUAGCUAUGAGGCAUACAGUAUUCGAGAAGUUACAUAACUUGUCGCAUCCUGGUGUUAGCGCUACUAACAAGCUACUAAGAGAAAGAUUUAUCUGGCCAAACAUUAACAGCGAUGUUAAGAAGUGGACACGAAGUUGCUUGUCUUGUCAAAGAGUCAAAAUCAACCGGCACACCAAAACACCACUUGGUCGCUUCCCUAACCCCGACUCUAGAUUUGACCAUGUACAUGUAGACAUAGUUGGUCCACUGCCUCCUUCCAAUGGUUUCAACCAUAUUCUAACCUGCAUUGACAGAUUUACUCGUUGGCCAGUAGCAGUUCCAUUAAUCGACGUCUCAACUGAAACGGUAGCUAAAGCUUUAAUCGAAAACUGGAUAGCGAAUUUUGGUGUCCCAUCAAUUAUCACUACAGACAGAGGUGCCCAGUUUGAAAGCCGACUUUUUGACCAGCUAACUGAAUUACUGGGCAUUAAACGAAUACGAACAACAGCGUAUCACCCUAGUUCCAAUGGUAUGGUCGAACGAUUUCAUCGACAACUCAAAGCUGCACUCGCUGCUUCUUUGACUCAAAACGAUUGGUCAACCAAACUUCCACUAGUAUUACUUGGUAUACGAGCUACUAUAAAGAAAGAUAUUGACUGCUGUGUUUCCGAACUAGUCUAUGGAACAACAUUACGAUUACCAGGAUAAUUUUUCACCCCGGGUGACCAAGUUCCACACGAUAUGACUGGUUACGUGCACCAGCUAAAACGACACAUGAACGAGCUAAAGAUAUCACUUCCACGUCAGCAGGGACGAGCGUCAUACAUCCCGUCACAACUGACAGAUUUUACUCACGUCUUCGUUAGGAGAGGUGUACAACGACCCCUUCAACCCGCUUAUGAUGGCUCAUUCAAAGUUCUUAACAGAAGUGCCAAAGUUAUCACGAUAGAAAGAUUGAAUAAAACAGAAGCCUUCAGUUUCGACAGAGUCAAACCAGCGUUCCUCGAGGAUUUCUAAGUCAACAAUAAGGACCAGCUGAACGACGUGCCAAUGCCUGCAUCCACAAAAGCUUCAACGUCGACAGAGAAACCUGCGAAAACAACACAAUCUGGUAGACGAGUCCAUUGGCCUAAACGUUACGUGCAAGUCAUCGAAAUAUAACUUACUACGAAUUUUCAUUUUUAUUAUCUUUAUUCGUAACUGUCAUUUGACUACCCAUUUAACUGAUUAAUAUUUUCAUACAUAAAUCACGUCACUAUUAUUUUAACAUCGAUAUUUUCUAUAUUAUUACAUUUAAUCACAUCCCGCUUAUAAUGCACUUAUCGUUCUCGUCUGCAGACUACAGAUGCUUGGCCAAUUUUAUCGUUCCUUAUAUGUUAAUUACGAUUACCAAUCCUACUUUCCCAAAAUUAUCACAUUUAUUAUCGACGUUAUUAACCGCAUUAAACUGCUCAUUUUUCAGCUUAAUAAAUCGCCUUCUGUGUACUAUCGCUGCUACGUAAUACGCCGACGCAUGUUAUUUUCGAACACUUAAAUGUAUUUUUUUAUAUUUCAGUGUUCUGGUGGGGGAAUUAUGUAGUACCCCUAUACCAACUGUAAACAUGCUUUAUAAUCUAAUUUGUAUACCUGCAUUAUAUGUGUACACAGACCGAUUUUAUAUGUACUUCGCAAACAUUUGUCAGUUUACUCUCGAAUAUUACCUUGACACAAUUUCGAAUUUGACUACUGCUACAAUACACAUUCGUAAUCUUCGCAAGUGCCUUUUGAUUUACGUUGUGGGCGUCGAGUAGCCACAACGUCUGCGCACAUGAAUAAGAACGAAGAAAUACUAGAAUAUAUGUGUACGGCAGUUUAGUCAGACAACGCACGCAACACUAUCACCUCAAACGACUCACUAUUUGCAGUCAUUUUAAAAGGAAAAAUCAAUUUACCGAUGGCAGCGUGCUUAUGAUUUCUAGAUAUCAUAAUGUACCAUGAGGAAAACGCUAUAUCCAUGCGGUUAUAGCUGUCGGAUGCGCGAAAUUAGUCCGAAA